CCCAGGUGGUGACGUUGGGGGCCGGCCCAGGCCUGGAGCUGGAGGAGCCUUGCCACUCUGCUUCCUGUCUCUUCAUUUAAGAACAUCUCUGCAGCAGUAACAAAGCCCUCUCCCCUGGGUGACAGCCCCACACCCUCACAUCUGUUCGAGGAGCAAGAGGAAGAAAGACAGGCUUGGAGGGUCAGGCCCUCGCCUGCCUCAGCAAGGCCACCAUGAAGGCAGAACUCUUUUCCAGGCUCCUUCUCCUGCUGCUGCCUGUGGUGGUCACUCAGGGAAAGGAAGUGAGGUUGGGCAAAGAAGGAGGCACAGUGGAGCUGCCCUGCACAGUGUCGGAGAAGCAGAAGAUGGAUUUCAGCUGGAAAUUUCCCAACGAGACCAAGAUUCUGGGAAAGCAAAGAACCUACCUGACUCGAGGGAAAACCCAUCUGAGUGACCGCAUUGACUCCAGAAGUAGCCAGUGGGACCAGGGGUCUUUUCCACUGAUCAUCCGGAAGCUGGAGGUGAGAGACUCAGGGACCUACAUCUGUGAUGUGGCUACAAAGAAGAUGGUGGUGGAUCUGCUGGUGUUCAGAUUAAGCCCCAGCUCGGGCACUCGGCUGCUGCAGGGGCAGACUCUGACCCUGGCCUUGGAGGGCCCGGAGGGCAGCAGCCCCUCGGUGCAGUUCACGGGCCCCAGUGGCCAAGUUACCAGUGGGAAAAAGGCCAUCUCCGUGCCCAUGGUGGGGCUGCAGCACAGCGGCACUUGGAAAUGCACUGUCUCCCAGGCCCAGAAGCAGCUCCAGUGGGAUAUCCAUGUCAUGGUGCUGGAUUUUCUGAAGUCGUCCAGCACAGCUUACAGGAAGGAGGGGGAGGCGCUGGAGCUCUCCUUCCCACUGACCUUCGAAGACGAAGCCCUCGUAGGGGAGCUGAGCUGGAGGGCGGACAGGGCUCUCUCCUCUCAGGUCUGGGUCUCCUUCUCUGUGGAGAACAGGAAGGUGACGGUACAAGCAGCCGCCCAGGACCCCAAGCUCCAGGUGGCAGAGAAGACCCCGCUGUGCCUCACCCUGUCCAAAGCCCUCCUCCAGCACGCUGGCUCCGGAAACCUCACUCUGACCUUGGCUGGAGGCCUGAAGCUGUGCCAGGAAGUGCACCUGGUGGUGAUGAGAGUGUCUCAGCUCCAGAACUCUCUGGUCUGCGAGGUGCAGGGACCCACCUCCCCCACAAUGGAGCUGAGUUGGGAGCGGAGCAACCAGAAGUCCCAGGUCCAGGCGGUAGAGAAGAAGCAGGUUCAGGUGUCAGCUCCUGAGGCAGGGACAUGGCGGUGUUUCCUGAGAGACAGGAACAAGGUCCUGCUGGAAUCCGAGGUUGACGUUGUGUCCAGGGGGCUGCACCAGGACCACUCCACUUUCCUGGCCAUUGUCGUGGGCAGCACUGCAGGCUGCGUGCUCCUCACGGUGCUGUGCAUCUUUUGCUGUGUCCGGUGCCGGCACCAACGGCGCCGGGCAGAGCAGAUGUCUCAGAUCAAGCGGCUCCUCAGUGAGAAGAAGACCUGCCAGUGUUCCCACCAGCUGCAGAAGGCUCGGAAUGUCACUUGAGGUCUAGGCGUCCCAGCUGCCCACCCUGCGUCUCCUGUGGGACACUGACCGGAUGAAUGUAGCAGGCCCCAGUGCCUCUGGCCUCCUCCUGUUCCCCUGCUCUGCCACUGACACUGUUUCUGCUCCUCUGCUCCCUGCCUGAGAGCUUAAAUGCACUGUUUACUCUCCAGAAGCUUCCCUCUUCUCCCCCAAGCCCUGAGCCUCUCCCUCAGAGGUCCACACAUCGAGCAGGGGCCUUGGUGUGCAGGACACGACCCUGUGACCAGAGAUGGCAGGGACCUGCUGAAGCUCACAGAGCCAGUCAAGGACAGAAGCAGAUCGAAGGCCUCUGAAGCCAGCCCCACAGCCCUACACUGCCCACCCCUCACCCUUGCUGGCAGGACCACAACCUGCCAUCCUGACCAACACACCAACAGGACCUGGACACACACCCAUGUACACAGCCAUACACUUGCCCUUGUGUGAAAUUUCUUAUCACCUCAGCCACGUAUCUCAGUUUAUAGAUCGACUGACAACCUCUUUCUAUUUUGUCCCUUAUGAAAAUCCUAGCUGGGCAUGGUGGUGCACACCUGUGGGAGGCUGAGGCAGGAGGAGCACUGUGAA